UGCCCACCCCAGUGGCCCUGACAAUCUCAUUAGUGUGGCAUCAGGGACAGUCCUAAUCAGCUUACCCAGCCUCAGGAUAAAUGCCUGGCUGACCCCUGGUACAGGAGGCCUGCCACUCACACCUAUGGCCCCCUGAGACCUGCCCGGUGCUUGCCCACAGCGUGAGGGAUCCAGAGGCCCAAGGUCGCCGCAGGCCUCUGCCAGCCUGGCCAUGAAUCUGGAGCUGCCCAAGGCCGAGAUCCGGUCAGCCACCAGGGUGACGGGGGGGCCAGUCACUCCCAGGAAAGGGCCCCCCAAAUUUAAGCAGCGGCAAACCAGGCAGUUCAAGAGCAAGCCCCCCAAGAAAGGCGUCCAAGGGUUUGGGGACGACAUUCCUGGAAUGGAAGGCCUAGGAACAGACAUCACGGUCAUCUGCCCGUGGGAGGCCUUCAACCACCUGGAGCUGCACGAGCUGGCCCAGUACGGCAUCAUCUAGCACUGACCGGCUAGUCCCGCACCCUCCCCCGCUGCCCCCUUCAGCCCCCUCUCAGGGGUCCUGUGAGGAGGCCUGCCCCCAGCCGAGGGCACCAGGAUUGCACGGAUUAUGUCUGGAGACCCUCAGAGGGCGGCGACCUCAGGCCCCUGGACACCAGGAGUCCACUGCCUCCCCACGGGAUGCCCCUGGGGGGCUGGCCAGGCCCUGCUGGACUUCCUGAGAGACUGGCCCACAGACCCUCCCCUCCCGCAGCUGGAAAACCGGGGCAGGACCUGCCAGGAGUGUCCCCCCACCCCUGCCCCACCCUGUCUAUCCUGAGAUGAGGACAAGCUCCCCCUACUGGCCAUUCCCAGCUGUGCCCCUGGGUCAGCGUGGUGGGUGGUGGGACUCCUGAGGGCAUCAGGGAGAGAGUGAGCCCCUCCACGCCCACCGUGCCUGUGGGAAGCUUGUCCUUUCCAGCAUGGCCACCCUGUUUCAAAGUAAAAUGACCACACCACACUG